GGAAUCUGCGAUAAUAUUUUUCCGCCACGGUCCGAGUACUUGAAAUUUGAUUGUAUCACAAAACCAUGAGUGGCAGCAAUAAUCUUGCGGAACCGUUGGAGCUAAAUCUGCAACGAGAGGCAGAUGAUUCUGUGUCGGUGAGCCCUGCCAGCAGUCCGGAGACGGAGGCGGUCGUUGUGCGCCCGGCAACAGCCGAGCGACGAGAAACUCCGACCACGACCACGGCUGCGCGUGCCGCCCGUGCACGAGCAAGGGCUCGACGGAGACGAAAUAUUAUGUACUCGGAAAUUGUACUUGCUAUUCCCCCACCUUAUAGGAAUAUUAGUAAUAAAUAGUAUGAGGUAGCUCUUUCAUACUAUUAUUUAAUAGUAAUACUAGCUCCUAAUUUCUCGAGGAUGUAGCUUCGCGAGGUUUUACACGAGGAUGUAGCUUCGCGAAAUACAUGUUGAUGCUCUACUAACGACAGCCGGUCGGCGGACGUCGGUGAAGACGGUAAUGUUGGAGUAUGCGUUGCGUCGGUACUAACACUCUGUGGAGCUCUGUUGCUCUACUACGCGAGUCUGUACUUGAUCGCGGCUGUUGUUAAGGCUCGUCGUGACUACUAUAGUAUAAGAUCCAUGAGCCUGAGAAGACACAAGUAAGCAUGAGGCAGAUUAUAGCUUCUAGUUCUACGUGUACGUAGAAGAGCAAGAGGCGGCGCUUGUUUUUUUCACAAAAGAUCAAAGAAGAGCCGUAUUGAGAAGAAGGUAAAGAUAAUUUUUUUCACGAUGGCAAGUUGCUUUCGGUGAUGUCCUACAACUUUCUUCUAACGCUAGAGAUCAUCGCUCGCAACAGGUAGCUGUUUAUGAGCGGUACUUGUUGCGUUGGACCGAGUAUAUUCGUCGUGAGUUCGAGGAUGAAAACUUCGAAAUCGCCGUAGACGAGCUGAUCCCGCAAGACCAGAGCACGGUCGUUGCAAUUUCCGACUCUUCUAGUCCGACCAAAUCUACAGAUGGUGGCGAAGACGACAUUGACAGCUCGUCAAAGUCCACUGACAAGGGAGCGCCGUCUGCGUUGACCUGGACGCGUAUGUUAAGACAGCUAUCUAAUCGUGCAUCCUCAUUGAUUCUUAGCUUCUUUUCGCACUAGGUGCUGGCACUAUUCAAGCAUCCUUUUUUAGCCCUGCCUCUGCCACGUGCUUUACUAAGUAUUGUUGAACCUUAGUGGCGCUUUUUCAUAGUCCUCGUGAGUGAAAAUACGAAGUUGUUACCACAUCCACAACUAAGGAUCGCAGUAUUGUGAUCAUAGUUCUAAACAUGCGCAAGUCAUUGCAUCUAGCCGACGUCGAAGACCUGUUUGAGCAUGACACGGCCAGGGGAUCUGACGUGGGCAUCUAUAAGCCGCUGGUUUUUGUCGCAGAAGUUGAUAUUCUACUUGAUGGCGGAGGACAAAGCAAACAUCUGUUGAAUAGCCCGCAAAAUAUCGAUGAUACUGGUGACACACUAGUGCAAGCAGAAACACCAGAUGAAAAAAAUGAUGACGCCGCGGGCAAGAAGCAGGAACAGAAGCACAUACAAAAUCUAGUACAAACAGAAAGCGGAGGAGCUGCCGAAAGAGACGAGAGGCAAGUGGCAACUGCCCAGGUGGAGCAGACUAGCCAGGAUGAGCAACUGGUUAGUCAUACGCGGAAGCUCUCAACAAGUACAAGAGCAAGAAGACUCAACGGGCUCGGAGGAGGGUUUCCACACCUACUCAGCAAUCGUCGAGCUACGACCUCGUCUAGUUCGUCAACGCCUACGAAGCAAGGCACCUCGCCACCGGUCAAGUUGCCGCACGGCGGUGAUCUUUUCGCAGCGUCUGCUAGCAACAAGAGCAAGGCGGAGCAGGUCGCCGCAGCAUUGAAAUCUUUGCUCGAGAGGAACGUAUCCUUGCGGGCCCGGGUGCGCGGCAACGGUUUCCCGGAAACGAGAAUUUCCGCCAUUCCACUCGCGGUGACGCACGUUGUGCCUUACACAGCCGUUUUAAAAGGCCUCGCAGAGUCAUCAAGAAAAGAAAGCCUGAAGCGCCGCCCGCUCGCUUUUCCGCUGGCGCACACUGGCGGAUGUGGCAAGUGGACGUACGAUUCACAGCACAAGCAGUUGUGUGUUCAGACGUGGACUCUAUCCAGUGUGUGUCUCCUUUACGACCGUGAUAAGCACACUGUGGGGCUUUCCCCGCCCAGCCGGAAUUUUUUCCAUGCUGUAGUUGGGACGUCGUCCAGCUCUCAAGGACCAACCGCGGCGACGUCGGAGCAGACAGAUUCUGGAACAGCGAAUGCUCAAGAGGAUCCUUCUUUACAAACGCCCCACUCUCCUGCACUUCCAGGACCUUCUUCUUUUGCGACAGUCACACCUUCCGCCCUCCCCGGGGAUGUGAAAGCAGAUGACGGCGUCAUGUGCGGGCAGCCGGUGUACGUUCCCACUGCGGGUCCGCGAGGAGAGAUAAAGAAAGGUGGAAGCUUGCUAGCGGAAAAUUACAUCGAUUCGUUAACUCUCAGGGAACUUUUUGGAGUGCAGCCGCCUGCUCUGUUCAAUGUACUUGCGUCAACUGGUGGUGACGAGACGGACCUUCCGGGAGGCUACACCGUUGAAGAAUUGAUGGCAGCACAAGGACAGCACGACGGCGCUUUUGCGCGGCAUCUAGACCUGGUUCAUGAUUUACUUAAAGGUAUGGAGAAAGAGGCAGAGACUGUGGCGAUGCAAACGGCCUCAAGCGCUAGCCAGAAGACAUCUUCGAUUACGUCUGCUAGUCCUCCACAAAUAAAUCCAAAAGCCUCGCAAACUACUCCGCAAGAAAUACAAUCAGCGAAGCCAUCACUUGUUCCAGUUGAACAUGGAGGCAUUCUUCGACCGGUCCCUGCACUAAACCCAAAUCUUCUUAGCCACCCGAUUUCGUUGUCGUCUGACCCGAGUUCGUCGAUUUUAGCGUCCUCAACCCUCACCGGGGAUAGCAAGAAAAAGUGGACCACUUCUAGUUCGUCCUUUUCGGCUCAGGUGAAGGCUAUUCAAGAUCGGGUAGCAGCCUACAACAAUUAUGACCGCUGCCUGGUGUUGAGUAUGAGUAACAUGAGGAUGAUGAAUAAUUGACGUCUCAAUCUUCUGAAUAGGUUCCAGUGAUUAUACAUCGAAAAUUGAAAAGUGUUCUUUUCUAGAAGUUGUAGAUAGCGACAUUCACUACUUUCAUUUGGUCCACCGUGCUCGUGCUCAUUCUCUUACCUUCUAGUACCUUUCGCUGUAUCUAAAGCAAAUGGCGUGAGGCUGGUGCCGCUGCCGUACUCCUGCAACCGGCAGGGAGAGAGUUUGCGCGCCGUCUGACAAUUGAAAUUCGCAGUACUGCGGAUCCGUACCUUGUUCUCCGCGAUAUGACCUCGGAUAAGAUGGAUUUUGGGAUCCAAGCUCGAACGGGAUGGAUCAUCGGGUUCCUGUUAUUGGUCACGUCUGCUUGUGUGUGCCUGCUUCCCGCAGUGAAAGUCUGUUCUAGCAUAGCGGAAGAAUGUAGCGAGAUGAUGGCAGCGCGUCGGCGCGCCACACGCCAGAGGGAAGAAGGAGACCAGGAAUUCGUUGAACUAGACGCCCUCGCCGAGGCCGAAGUUCAGGCUGCACGCGUUCUAGAAGCAGAGUAGAGUAGCCAACCUACUGGGACUAGAGGACACGGGUAACGUUGUAAGUGAGUAGGCGAGAUCAUGAAGAUGCUUCAUAGCUCUUGAUCUUGAUGUGUUCGUGUUGAACUGCCAGCAAGAGGAUUUUGGAUUUAGCGAAGUGCUCACUUAUCCUUAAUUAUCGAUACAUGACCGCGUACUGCUUGAUGUUUCACUUUCACGUCGAGAGGCUCUUGCUUCCCGUUGAAUAUGGGACCAACUGCAAUCAACGUCAUCAAGCUUUUCGUGCAAAACCGAUUGCAAUCUGAGCUUACACUUUUGACGAGCUUGUUUUCUG